UUUCUCUCGAGGAUGUCUUCCUUUCAGGGUAAAGUUUUUGCGGUCACAGGUGCAGGGUCAGGGAUUGGUUACGCGGUUGCUCAACGCCUCGCAAAUUUGGGAGCACGGUUAUCUGUUACGGACCUAUCUGCCGAGGGUUUGGAAAAGUGCACAGCCGAGCUCAAAGGAUGCGUUGGCGAGGAGAAUGUUCUCAGUUAUGUGGCAGAUAUUUGUGAUCGGGUGGCCGUUGAGAGAUGGAUCUCAAACACUGUCAAGCAUUUCGGUCACUUGGACGGCGCGGUCAAUGCGGCCGGCGCACACCCUAAGGAAUCUGGCAAGGAGCCGAUUUGGAAGGUGACCGACGAUGACUGGGAAUUUGCUCAGCGCAUAAAUGUCCGUGGGACACUCAAUCUCGUUCGGGCUCAGCUUGGUUACAUGGUCGAUGCAGUGUCUGACCAAAAGAUCAAGACUGGCUCGAUCAUUAUUUUUGGGAGCAACUCUUCAGUAACUGGGGCAGCAAAUCUAUCUGCCUACACAACCAGCAAGCAUGCUGUGCUCGGUCUUAUGCGGUCUGCUGCAAUGGAUGCGGCGCCGUAUAAUAUACGCGUCAACGCAAUCUGUCCUGGCCCGAUCGAUACUCCAAUGCUGCGCAACGCCGUUCCAGGCCCUCAACUUGAUGCAAUGGCAUCGUCUAUACCACUUAAGAGACUGGGUAAAGCGGACGAAGUAGCAGGAUUUGUUGCCUAUUUAUUAAGUGAAGAAUCCGCCUUUUGUAGUGGAUCUGUCCAUAUGAUCGACGGUGGAUUGACUACUUGCUGAGGAAGGAAAUGGAACAAAGAUAUCGGAAAAGUUUAAGUAAUGAAAAUAGUAUAUCCCUAGAUGCCAAGCAGAGCGUC